AUGGAAUCAGCUGCAAUCCUCGGCGCUCUGGACCAAGAUAUUGCUGCUGAAAUCCUUCCUAGCACAUCGACUGCGAUAGAUUCAGAUGAGGAGGCUUUGAAGAUAUCAGUUAUUGACGUUGUUGCUGAUAUGAUUGUUACCUAUGGCUGCAGAGAUGUACUCAGCUGGUGUCGUAGCGCAGCUGGGGAUUCUGAUAAUGGGCGA